GUGAGUGUCUGCGUCUUGAAGUUGACUGGAAGGAGCUGCAGGUCAGCCUGUUGCGCACUUGGCGGCACACAGAGACGGUGCCAGUAUAGAACUUCCCUUACUGACUUUUAUAGGCGAUUUUGGAUUCCCAUCGAGUCGGCUUUUCUUAUAAUUUAACAAAGGCUAAUCACAACGUGCCACCGCUGUGCGGAUACAGCCUUUACGCACCCCGGGAGCAGGGGAAAAGGGACUGUCCAGGUGUGCUCCGGUGUGUGUGUGCAUGUGCCCUGCAUGUGCCUUUGCGAGCAGCUGGUAGCCUUCAGUUGUCCAGCAAUACUUUCACUUUCGUCAGACUUGUCAAAAGCAGGGAGCAACAGAAGUACAAGCCAUAAAAACCAGGAUCUGUUGUUGCCAGCAUGUUUCAGAGAUGCUCAACAAUGCAAUGAAGACCUGAAGCCCGACAACCCAUGUGUGUCCUGCUGAACACACACACUGAAGAGUUGCAGACACCAGUGUUGUAGGAGUGUGUGUGUGUGUGUGGCCGGCCCUGUGUCCUAACACACUGUGCUGAGUUUAAAGCUGAGGACUUAAGCCAAGAGUAUGAUUCAACUGUCCACCUCAGUCUGCCUGCUGGGAGGCCUUUUGGGCCUGUUUCUGCUAGCACCUGUUCAGAUGGCCCCGACACCAGCCAGCAUGUGCACACCUUUGAAGACGCUCAAUGACAGCCUCAGCCACAGGCGACGGUACAUGAAGCACAACUUCCCCAUCAACUACACCAUCAGGGUUCACCAUAACGAAGUCUUUAAACUGUCAAACAUCAGCAGAAUGAGGUUACAGGUGGAGGGGUUGGAUGAGCUGGUUCUCCAGAGGUUGUGGUUCCAGGUCAACCAAGGCGUGUUAAAAAAGAUCAUCCGGGUUAUGCCAGAGAGACAUCCUUCACGUCCAUACACCACUGAGUUGGAAAGCCGCUUCAGGGAUGCAGAGGGAGUCUUUGUACAGGCGCAUCCCGCUGAGGUGUUCCAGCAGGAGCUUCCGGAGACUAUCCAGGACACUUGGGAUAAUUUAACAGAAGAGCCUGACAGAGUGCCAGAGUCCAGCUGGCGAUUUGCUUCCCCGAAAUCCCUCCUGGACAACUUCUGCCACACCAUGCACUGCCUCUUCAGCGAGUGCUUUGCCAACACAGAAGCGCAGCAGGACUACUGUGAUGUUUCUUAUUGGAGGAAAGGCAGGAACAAAGUGUUACAAACCGGAAGCUGAGAAGAAGACAGCAGGGUGGAGUUGUCCCUGUUGAUACUGAUAAAGGAUUGGUAUCAUAAUCUCCCUUGAGCUAUGGGGAGAGGGGUAAAAGGACAAUUUGUAGGUACAGUAACAGUAUUCAUGGUGAUUUUAGGAGCAUAAUGGACUUUUUGCUAAAAAUGAAAAAAAAAUCAUUUGGGAGUAAAAGCUCCAACUCCUCAGAUUUUCUAAUUCUCUGUCAGUCAGGAAGCCUGAAGUAUCUGUCUCUUGAUGACAUCGCAGAUUGAUGCUUUGAUACUUGGGUUUCAACCUUUGAAAGAGAUGUGUUCAUGUUCACAUAUAUUGACUAAAUCGAUGUAUGCUCAGUAUAUUAGAUAUCACUGUGGCUUUGCCAAAUCUCUACCCAAAAAGCUUGUGAUGUGCUUCAAUGGACCUGCAUGGUUCCCCUCAGAGACCAACAAGUUGCAGUAAGAGACUAUUCAUCGGAUUGUUAUUACAUUGAGAAACUUCAGCUGACUGACCAUAGCCAGACCUCUCUUCCAUGAACACUUCUUUCAGACAUCAAUAAGCGAGAAAGCGUUAUUUUUAGAACUGUGUUAUAGGCCCACAUUACAUAUUCAAAAUCUGUAAAACAAGUUUGUUCAUUUUUAAUGACUGAAUAUUUUUAUGACUCAAUUACCUAUGCAAAGCUUAAAGAGUGACCAUCAGCAUUUCAAAUAUGCAUCACAUCAGUCAGAAUUAGUUUAUACUUUAUAAUCAGGCCCCAAAUCUAGAUACAAUGCUGAAUUUAAUAGUCUUAAAUAGAUAAAUAAUCUAAAAAUAAUUACGUGGAAAACUAUUUGCUUAAAAUGUGCAAGAGGCUGCUUUGGGGUAUUUUCAGUCGGUCCUUUCAGAAUUUCAGCUAUGAACAUGCGAGAAAUCCCUGCAUGAAAGCUGUAAAAAUGAGACCUGAAACUCAACUACAUACCAUUGCAGACAUUAUAGGAGUAGUUAUUCUCAACAUUCAGAUCUUUUACACUUUACAUUUUAGUUUUACGCCAACAAAUUCUGAUUUUACUUCAAAGAAAAUCAAUACGUCCUGUCAUUUUCUUUUCUGUCUGAGAUUGUUUUAUUUUUUCCACUCGUGCAGUUUAAUUCAAGGCUAUGUUGUCGCUGUUAAAUGAAAUGUAUUAACUUGUCAGGUUUUGAGGAGUCAAACAGCUAUGUUAUAAAGAUCAUACUUUAGUGUAAUAGGCACCAUGGCUGUGAGGCUCAACGUAUAAAAGAUAAUGCCGAUCUGUGAAAGGCAGAAAAAUUAAGGCAAGUCAACGUUAUUUGUUCAACAUAAUAUCACAUGCAAUGUCAAUGGACCUUACAGGCCCAAAUCAGCAGCGAUUCUUAACCAGAAAAACUGAACCCAAAACCUGUGUGCAUGGGAGAAACCUGGGGAGAGGCAGCUCAGAUAAACAUUAAAUGAAAAAUGAAUAAUAAAAAAAUAGGAAAAUAUUGGAUAUUGAAAACUGUUAAAAACAUGAAGUGAUCACAUGCUUGCUUUUUUGAGCUGUGAGGUGUUACUGUUUGUUUCAGCUCUUGUAGAAAUAAUCCUGUGUAGACUGUCCUUUAACGGGAUUUUGUAUACAGUGGUGAUUCGACACUGCUGUGGGCAUAUAGAUUUUAUGCUCCAUUUACAAACAAAUACAUACUGAAGUAAGUACUUUCUUUUAAUCAGUAGACAUACUGUACAUAUAAAAACAAGAUUGGGCCGGCAACUAGCUCCCUGGUUACAACAGCAGUCAAAUCUGCUUGGAGCCACAACUUGUUAAAGAUCAAUUGAAAAAUUGACCCUUUUUACAAACAUGGCCAACAUACUUCCACAGUAGUGUAAGAAAUAGUCCGCACUGACAGAACUCGUAGGCUCCAAAUGCAUUGGACACUUUGUACUUGCAAAUGUGGAAUGAAAACAGCACAGAUGUUGUAGCUUCAAGCCUUCUUCAGUGUGCAUGUACAUAUUUGACCUCACUCACAAUAAAAAAGAUUUAACCGAGAAUCGUAAAUACAAACUAGCUAACCCAUGACCCUGGAUGUAACACAUGACAUACAGCUACCAGCUAAUUCCAGCUACUAGCCACUUAACAAAAACAUUCUUUUCCAAAAUAUCUAAUAAAUUAAGGCAAGAGUGCGCAUGUUUACUGUGUACUGUUGAGAUUGCUGAAUUGUAAAGUUAGGAUAAAAAGCCUACUCCUAAGAGUGAAAAAGGCUUUAGGUUAGGCUAUUAUGAUUCAAAAUUGGAAAUUAUAAUGUAUUUUGUGUAUCAAUUAAUUCCUUUAUUCUUUCAGUUUGGCCAUUUUUAGUUAAAGCGCAUUGAAAAUAGACUUGACAUAGUUUCUAUUAGGAAAGUAGGAAAGGAACCCAAGUAAAGUAGCCAUUCAUUCUCUUUUAAGAAUAUUUUACAGUAGAUAUAAGAGAAGGCAUUUGUUAGUUAUGCAAACUUUAGAUACACCCAACAAGUGUGCUACAGAUGUUUCAGUUGGGCAACUAAAUGUACCGUCUUUGAUAUUUUAAAGCUCAUCUUAUCUAAUGGACCAGGUGCUAAAAGAUGAAGACCUUCUGCUGUGCUGUUGUAAAUCAUCAGGGAUGCAAACAGGCCAAAUCUCUGUGAGCUGUGCUACAAGGAUUAAAUGCUAACCAGGGAUGUGCAUGACCUAUUGGUAACCAAGCCUCUCGCUGAAAAAAUGAAAGUGAAAGUAAGGUGAAAUGCAUUUAUUCUCAGGUCUCUAUUUGUUGCAGCCAGUCAGUCACAGUGAGGUGGGUGGGAUCAGUCAUUUACAGUGGUGGGCAUAGUCAGGGGCUCGAGAUUAUUUGCUCACUACUUCACACACUCGAUGUUUUUGAGCCAUGUUUUUGAAUGUGAGUUGCAGUAGUGGUGACUUUUAUCUCUAUGCACCUGGUUCAUUGCCUGCAAAUCCUGACUUGCUGGUUUAGUUAGUAGUUAGUAGUAGUAACUGUGUUUAUUAUGAUAGCAUAUUUCACAUGCAGUUGUUACCAGAGUUGGUUUCAAAAACACACUCAUAAUUCUGUGCAAAUAGAAGAAUUGCACACAUUAUUUUUGUGUUUAAAAUUAAAUCAAGUGACAUUGUAAGUGGUAUCCUUUAUGAUUUGUGACUUAACCAAAAAUGAAAGAACGUAUAAAUUCAACUAAAAACCCCCCAAAACAAAGUAACACUAUGGAAUAUCAUUUUUAAAGUUUGCAUUACAUAAAAUGAUAUUUACACCACAGAGUUUGAAUAAAUAAUGUGGUGUUUCACUUUACGCCUCAGGUAUUUGUCCCAUAGAAAGUUGAGUUACUCGCAAGACUGCACAAAGUGUCUAUUUGUGAAAGCUUACUGUAUGUAUGAAAGUUAGUUUCAGUUCAUGCGUUCACUCCUAACUUAACAUAUGAUGUAUGUUCAAGCCUGGCAAGCCUAAUUGUGUCACUCUUCAGGAGGGAGAAUGAUGAUGUGCAAUGAUUAUGUUAUAUACACAGCAAUGGGUUUGGGCCUGAGUCUGAAAGGAGCUCAUUGACAGGUUUCUCAUGUUUUUAAUGGGCUAAGCUUGGUUCUCAUAUGCAAAAGAAGCUCUAGAAUGAUAACUAUUGGUGUAUUGCUAGAAAUGCAAUAAGUGUAUUUUUAUUAUACUUUAUCAAUCAUAUGUAACUGUAUGGUUGUUGUUUUGUAACCAUAAGAGCAUUUUAAGGUGUAUUCAGAGAUCCCUUAUUGUGAACAUAAAGUGAUAUUUCCCACAGCUGUCUGGUAACAACAGAGAGAUGAAAACUGCAAACACAUAGAUGGUGGUUGUCUGUGGUCUUUAGAAACAGUUUUUUAUACACAGGAUAUUGAAUUUAUUUAUUUAUUGGAAAUGUAUAAUGCUACGUGACAAAACUUUUGUGAAAGAAAUAAAAAUCACUAUUUUUAUCAACUAA